CUGACUUAUCGAGCAUGUACGACUGGGCAUGACUAGUGUAAGUGGUUCGUUUCUUGUCCAAGCCAACCCAUCGGGACCGUGUGAAGACUCAUGAUCCAAUCCCUCGGGUCAUCGAUGACGGCUGCCACUGGACGGGGCCUACGCCCUCGAUGCCAGUCCGCCUGCCUGGCGACGCGACAUUACUUAUCUGCACCUGGUCCCAGAAUCUCGGGUCCACCCCCCUUCCCCCCUUGGUGUUCUGUUGGUAUCCUCUGUCUGUUUGCUGCUUGAUCCCUGUCCUCCGACGCCAUGGGUGUGGUUCAAGACUUGGUGGUCUCUUUGAAGUCUCUUGUAGACUCCCCUCUCCUGUUAUGUGGCAUUACCACGACUCUUUCCCUAGUAUACUUCCUGGCUCUCGGGCUGUAUCGCAUCACCCUCCAUCCGCUCGCCAAGUUCCCGGGCCCCAAACUCGCUGCCUUCACCCAAUGGUAUGAGACAUAUUUCGAAGUGUUCAAGUCCCCGGGAGGACAGUUUCUGUUCCAUUACCGCAAGCUUCACGAGCAGUAUGGACCCAUCGUACGAAUCAGCCCGAAUGAAAUUCACAUUCAGGAUUCUUCUUUCUUCGAGGAUCUCUACUCCCAAUCUUUGCCGUGGGACAAACUCGAGCACUGGCAGCAUCGGUUCGGUAAUGAUACUGGGCUCUUCCCAACCCCCAAGCACCAUGUGCACCACGGCCGACGGGUUGCUCUAAAUGCGUUCUUCUCGAAGCGCACCAUCACCGAGGCCACACCCAUGAUGCAGGAGCAGCUGGACAAACUUUGUAAUCGGCUCCGUCGGGAGUAUCAGGGCACAGGAAAGGUUCUGCGGUUUGACUGGAUGUGGGGAUGCAUUGCGUCCGACAUCAUCGUCCAAUACUGCUUUAACCGGGGGUACCAGUUCAUCGAAGCCCCCGACUUCCGCUCGCAGUUUAUCCAGGCCAUGGUCGAUCUGCUGGAUGUGGUUCACGUGGUCGCGCAUUUCCCUUGGGUGUCCACCCUCAUGAAUGCGCUUCCGGAAAAGGUGGUCGAGGUGUUCCAACCGGGCAUGAAGUCGGUGAACCAUUACAACCAUGAAAUGUCCAGCCAGAUCGCGGAGAUUCUCGCCAUCAAAGCCCAGGGCAAAACGCGGGAAGCCGAUCGGAACACGGUGUUUGCCGCGUUGCUGGACUCGGACCUGCCGCCCGAAGACAAGACCCUGCGGCGACUGCAUCAUGAGGCUUUCACUGUCAUUGGAGCCGGGUUCGACACCACGCGAUUCGCGAUGACCGUCGCCAGCUACCACAUUCUGAGCACGCCUUCAGUCUAUCACCGCCUUCGCGAGGAGCUGAAGGCUGCGAUCCCCGAUCCCACGAACAUGCCGCCUCUGCAGGAGCUGGAGAAACUCCCGUACCUGACGGGAUGUAUCCAGGAGGGCAUCCGUUUGUCUUACGGUGUUGUACAACGCGGUCCACGCAUCUCGGACAAAUUCACGCUCAGCUACAAGUCGUGGGUGAUCCCCAAGAACACUGCCAUCAGCAUGGACAUCUACUCCGUGCACCACGACGAGGCGAUCUUCCCCGACUCCUUCACCUACAAGCCGGAGCGGUGGCUCGGGGACCCCGUGGCGCCCGACGGCCGCAAAUUGUCACGCUACAUGGUGGCCUUUGGUCGCGGCACUCGGUCGUGCCUGGGCAUCAAUCUCGCGUACGCGGAGAUGUACAUUGCGCUGGCGAACAUCUACCGCCGGUUCGAGUUUGAGCUGUAUGAGACGGGGCGCGAGUCGGUGGAACUCUACCGCGACAUGUUCCUGCCGCACGUGCGGCCUGACACGCAGGGGGUGCGGGUGAAGGUGCUCUAGCCUGAGGGACAUGAUCCGGGUAGUCUUUUCUCAUAUAUAUACUCACGUAUCAGGGCGACUCGAAAGAUGAUGCUCUUGAUGACACGGCC